UUGAAAGAGUGUCCUGGUACUAACAUUACCAUUCAAGAAGUUUUCUUCGAAAGCCAGCGUUCACACAUCUUUUACUGGAUUAAUUUUCAAAACUGGAUGAUUCCUUUAUUACUUCUUGUUAAUAUGAGUCUCACAUUUUGCUGGACUUACCUUGAUCUCUUUAUUAUGCUUGUUGGGAUUUCAUUAGCGGCACGAUUUAACCAAGUUACUGACAGAAUUAAGCGAAUGGAAAAUAUGAUAAUCCCAGAAUCGUUCUGGACCGAAAUUCGUAGCCACUAUUUACUUCUGAAUGAGUUAGUUUUGUAUGUGGAUGAUCGUCUUUCCUUGAUUCUUCUUCUCUCCUGCGCGAGUAAUUUAUAUUUCGUCUGUCUGCAGUUGUUCAAUAGUUUCACGAGUAACUAUUCGGACAUCAUCUCAACAGUUUUUUUCUGGUUCUCUCUGCUAUUUGUAAUGGGAAGAGCUGUUUGUUGUCUUCUCUGCGUAGCUUCAAUACAUGAAGCUACUAAAGGUCCAUUGAGGAUCCUAAGAAGGGUCCCUACAAAACAUUGGAGUGUCGAAUUAGGACGGUUCUCUCGAAACAUCGCGAAAGAUACUAUAGCACUUACCGGUAGAAAAUUCUUUUACAUUACCAAAAGAUUAGUAUUAGUGAUGGCUGGUACGGUUGUGACUUACGAACUUGUUGUAUUUGAUCAAGUAGAUAAAGAGAAUGCAUCUGCUGGGGAAAAUGGAACCCAUCCUUGCAACUGGACAACGCGUCAACACGUGUUAUAUUAUUUGACGGGCUGUUAUCAACUGUUGAACAUUUUUAAUAUUUUACCAUAUACUACAAGCCAAAUCUACUUCUGGUAUUCGCUAAUAUACCUAAUACUUAGAUCACUUUGCCUAUUGCUAUGUACGUCUGAAAUUAAUGAUCAGUCCAAAAGACCCUUGGUGAUUCUAAAGACCAUUCCAACGUAUGCUUGGUGCGUAGAACUGGAUAGGUUCAUCCAUCAGACCUCAAAGGAAACCAUUUGUUUGACAGGAAUGAGAUUUUUCUUCUUCACACGAAAACUUGUUCUAUCUAUGAUAGGAACGGUCGUCACUUAUGAACUCGUCUUGAUGCAGUUUGACUUGAAUAAAAAUGAAGUUGACACACAUGAGAAUGAAAUAGUUUUUCGCUAUGAUUGUGUGAAUCCUUUAUAA